AUGGCACGAAUUUUCAUCACAGGAUCUUCCGAUGGACUUGGCGCAGUUGCUGCCCGCACAUUGGUCAGCAACGGCCACCAGGUUGUCAUUCACGCUCGCAACGCUCAGCGCGCCGAAGAUGCGAAAUCAGCGGUGCCAGGUGCCGAGACUGUCCUGAUCGGCGACCUCUCCAAGAUCGAGGAGAUGAAGAAGCUGGCCCACGACGCCAACAAGCUAGGAACCUUCGACGUUAUUAUCCAUAAUGCCGGCCUCUACCGCGGUCCUUAUCGCAAGACCGAUCUGGGUCUCUCAAGCUUGACCGCAGUCAACGUCUUUGCGCCGUACAUUCUGACUGCCUUGAUCAAUAAACCUAAACGACUCGUUUACAUCUCUUCCGGUUUGCACAAGAGCGGUGACUCUAGCUUUACCGAUCCGACUUGGCGCGAGCGCGGAGAGCAGGAGUGGAACGAGAACCAGGCGUAUUGCGACUCCAAGUUGCACGUCACAACCUUGGCAAAUGCGAUUGCUCGCCAUUGGCCGGAUAUUAAGAGCAAUUCGGUCGAUCCCGGCUGGGUACCUACUAAGAUGGGCGGACAGAGUGCACCGGAAAAGGCUGAGGAUGGAGUCGCCAGCUACGUCUUGUUGGCGGAGGGAACGGGUGCGGGGGAUGUUACUGGGAAGUACUUCAAGCCUCCGGGCAAGGAAGACAACCCGGCGCCAUUUACAAAGGAUGAGAAGAGACAAGAGCAAUUGUUGAAGCUGCUAGAGCAAGAGACUGGUAUAAAGCUGGCUUCAGCAUAG